AUGCCGGAUCGUUAUCACUAUCCUUUGAUCAAGGCCAACGAUACCGUUCAAGUUGAUAUUGCCACCGGAUUGCCCCCGGACUACAUCAAAUUCGAUUCCGGUAACUUGUGCAUGAUCACUAGAGGUAGAAAUUUGGGUCUUGUCGGUACCGUUGUCAACCGUGAAAGACAUCCUGUUUCCUUUGAUAUUGUGCACAUUAAGGACACUCAAGGCCAUGUUUUCGCUACCCGUUUGACCAAUGUUUUCAUCAUUGGCAAGGGUAACAAGCCCUACAUCAGCUUGCCUAAGGGAAAGGGUGUUAAAUUGAGCAUUGCUGAAAAAUAA